ACGUAUCUCUUUUUAGCAGCAGGCCAACGGGCCAACUCAUCGGUCUUUUGACGUAAAAUGUUUAUUUUCAGUUCAAUAAUGUUAAAAUAUUAUUAAUUAAUUGCUUGUUAAGUGAUAAAAUACUUAUAAAAUGGAAACUUACACUUUGCUGUUGGUACUUAGUGUUUUUUGGCACUACACCGAUGCCAUUAUGUGGAGCUUAGCUCCCAACACCCAGAAGUGUCUAAAAGAAGAAUUACAUGCUCAUGUGCUCGUGGCUGGUGAAUACGAAGUUACAGAAGUUCCAGGACAAAGAGUAGAUUAUAUUGUCCGUGACUCAAAAGACAAUAUUUUAUCACAAAAGGACACUAUAACCAAAGGAAAAUUCACUUUUGUCACAGAUAUUUAUGAUACCUUUGAAAUUUGUUUUAUAUCUAAAGUACCACCAGAACGCCGUGGAAUCAGUCAUGAUGUGACUCUGGACAUUAAAGUUGGAAUUGAAGCUAAGAAUUAUGAAGGGAACACUUGGAUAGCAGAGGCUGCAAAGUUGAAACCGAUGGAGCUUGAGUUAAAGAGAUUGGAAGAUUUAUCAGAAGCUAUUGUUCAGGAUUUCACCUUGAUGAGGAAGAGAGAAGAAGAAAUGAGAGACACAAAUGAGUCCACCAACAACCGUGUCCUAUUCUUCAGCAUAUUCUCAAUGGUCUGUCUUCUUGGGCUGGCCACUUGGCAAGUACUAUAUCUUCGCCGGUACUUCAAGGCCAAGAAACUUAUCGAAUAGGACCAUAAGUAGGUAGAACCGCGGGUAAAGUGACAUGUGUCUCAUGAAUAUGAAUAAAAUAAAGAACCAUUAAAUAAAAUAAAAGUAAUGAAAUCUUGUAAAAUUAGAUUUUUCAACUUAGAUUGGAAUGAAAGAAUUACAGUGGAUUGCAGUGGAUUGGGGGUGGGUAUGAAUAGUACUUAGACUGGGCAUAUUAUUUCCUAUUUGUUUUGUUGUGCCUGUUUUAAUCUGUACUAGGAGAUGUAACUCAUUAUUUCUUCAUACAUCACAGUUACUGCACAUGUAACUCUAUCCGCGUGAAUUAAGAUCUUCAAUUUACUUUAUAUUUUAAUAUAAAUUUUUG